AUGCAAAACUACGACUACAAUUUCAUCAUUUAUGACAUUGAAACAAACACACGAGGAAAAAAAGCAGAGAUAUGCCAGCUUUCUGCAAUAGAUGAGUCAGGUCACCAGACUUUCAACUGCUACAUACUUCCAUCAAGAGAUGUUGACACUUCAGCAUCAAGAGUUAAUGGGUUAACUGUCAGAUUAACCAAUGGAUGUCGAACUCUGUACAAAGAUAACAAUCCAGUAAUAACGGUUCAACUGGACAAAGCACUCUCUGAUUUCUUGUUUUUUAUCCAACAAACCAUAAGUAACAUAAACAGCAGAUCAAGAAAUGUCAACACAGUUUUGAUAGGACACAAUUCUCAGGUUUUCGAUGCUCCAACCAUCAUAAGACAUGGAAAGGAUUGUUUCUCCAAGACUCUAACAGAAUUGAAUGUGUUUUUUACUGACACACUUCCUUUGAUUAAAGAUCUGAUACACUCUGAGCAUCCAUCAUUGAAGUCGGCAGAUGGAACCAUGUCGAAAGCUACUCAAUCAGCCAUAUACCAUCAACUCUUUGGCGAGUCUUUUGAAGCCCACGAUGCAUUAGAAGAUGUAAAAGCCUUAAGAAGAAUUGUUUUCUCCUCUGCUCUUCAAUUUUCUCCUCAAAAAUUGACAUCCAACAUGAUGUCCACGAGUCAUGUUGUAGACGAUACUAAGUACCUCGACCGAAGGCAUGAGAUUCUUCAAUCUUUCAAAGGGAAUCUUUACAUGGAAAACACGAGAGACUCGCCCAUUUCGAAGCAGAUGGCAGAAAAAAUAGCGGGAAGUGGUCUGUCCUACGGUGAUCUUCUAAAUGUAUUUACAAAGUUCGGUGAAACCGGUUUAAUUGCAGUGUUAUCGUGCCCUCCAAAGUCAGGAAAAGUCCCAAGAGUCACCAAAAACACUYGUAUUUUAACCCAAAUCAUCCAGCACUUCAAGUCAAUCAAUAAAGAAUAA